CUCCUCCUCCUCCUCCUCCUCCUCAUCGGCAAAGAUGACGUCCUCCGCCUCCACCGGCAACGGCCCCGCUCCGAACCACCUCACCCGCAUCAUCUCCGCCUGCUCCCGAUGUCGCUCGCGAAAGACAAAGUGCGACCAGAAGUUCCCCUCCUGCUCCGCCUGUCUCAAGGCCGGCGUCGAGUGCGUCGGCCUUGACGCCGCAACCGGCCGCGAGGUCCCGCGAAGCUACAUCGCCCACCUCGAAGACCGUGUCGCUUUCCUCGAAAUCCAGCUCCAGAACCAGGGAAUCCCCAUCGACCCCUCCGAAUCCACCUCGAACCGCCCGAAUCGAGACCCCACCACCAACUCCAACGACCCUGCCACCGCCGCCGCCGUCAAGACCGAAUCUGGCGCGGCCGCGGCCACAACGACCACCGAAAGACAGACACCGAAGGACGUCGACUCGCUGGUCUCUACAGUCGGUCUUGUGUCAAUGAAAGGUUCAAGCACGCUCAGCUCGCCUUCCUUCCUCGGACUAUCCUCCGGCAUCUCAUUCGCGCGUCUCAUGUUCGCCGCCGUCAAGCUUCGCGGCCAGGAAAUCCCCUCCGCAGCAAUGUCGAUCGCCUCCUCCGAGCAGCCCGACAUGACCGUCCGUCAGAAACCGGUCAAGAUCCAAUCGGCGUCACUGCCGUCCAAGGAAGUCGCCGAGACCCUGCUCGAAGUGUUUUUCAACCAGGCAAACGCUCAGAUCCCCAUCUUCCACCGCGACGACUUUAUCCACUCGUACUUUGAACCCGUCUACGGCGCGUACUCGGUGCAGACAAAGUUGGCAAACCUCAACAACGUGCGAAACGACUCGGUCUCGUCGUCGGCCGCUGGCUCGCCGACCGAGACCCGCGAAAGCGUAAAGGUAGAACUGCCGUCGCCUUCUAUGUUUGACAGUCUGAAAUCAGACGCAAAGAUUCAACAAUCCGCGACAGCAUCCGGCGCUUCCAGCAACGGAAACGGCACCGCCCACAGCAAUCCCCAUCCUCCUUUUACCAACGGCACAACCCACGAGCACCACCCUGCGGACUCUCCAGAGAUGCACAGGUCGCUCUAUUUCCUCAACCUGAUCUUUGCCAUCGGCGUCGCCGUCCAUCAGCAGCAGUACCCCGCACUCUUGUGUGAAUCCUACCAUGCCGCCGCGAUGCGCUACAUCGAGCCUGUGUUUGCCUCACCGGACAGAUUGGAGUCCUUGCAAGGAAUCCUACUUCUCGGUCUCUACUCCAUCAUGCGGCCCGCAGUUCCUGGCGUGUGGUAUGUGCUCGGAGUUGCGCUCCGUCUCUGCGUCGAUCUGGGAUUACACGUAGAAGGCGGCGUCAAGUCAUGGUCCGGCACCAACAUCGUGCCCAAGAACGGCCAGGGCUCGAGCAAGGAGUCUGAUCCGUUUGACGCGCGCACGCUCGAUCUCAGACGGCGACUGUUUUGGUGCACGUACGCGAUGGACAGACAGGUGUGCGUCUACCUCGGCCGACCGUUUGGAAUCGCAGAUAACAGCAUUAAGGUGCCCUUCCCGAGCGACCUCGACGACGUCUUCAUCACUUCUGAAGGAAUCGUGAAGCCGCCCGAAGACACGCCGCCUUCAUACAAGCAGGUAGCCGUGCACAUCUUCCAGAUCCGCCGUCUGCAAUCCGAAGUGCAGACGAUUCUCUACGAGCGCGCCGAGCUGCCGCGCCGGUUCGCGACGCUCAAGGAGUGGCAGACAAACAUGGCGCGGCGGUUGGAAGAAUGGCACAACUCGUCGCCAAAGUCGGCAAAGGAUAUGAACUGCAACUUUAACCUCUACUUCCUCGACCUCAACUACCAGCAAACCCGCCUUUUGCUGCACGGAAUCUCGCCCGCGAUCCCGAGACCGUCGGUUGAGGCGUUUUUCAUCAUUGCUGAUGCGUCAGAGCACGUCAUUCGCGCGUACAGACAGUUGCACAGGGAGAAGAAUAUCAACUAUACAUGGAUGGCGGUUCAUAACCUGUUCAUGGCCGGCACUUCCUAUCUCUACUGCCUCUACCACUCCAAGGAAGUCCGGCAACGAACGCGCAUGGACGUGAUUGACUUCAACACGAUGGCGUGUAUCCACGUGCUGAGCGGGAUGGUCGACAAAUGCGACGCAGCCUCGGGAUGCAGAGACACCUUCGAGCUCUUGACGGCCGCCAUCCUUCGUCUGUGCUAUAACGAAAAGGCGGCUGCGGGGGAGAUUGUACCUCCCCCCGGCCCGAUCGCGGGCGAAGGCGAAGGACGCUCGGGCGCGCGUAAUGCGACGCCGCCUGUGCCGCCUCCGAUGCCGCCACCUGCGAAACGGUCGAAACGCUCGCGGUCGUCGACGUCGUCGCAGACGCCGGCGUCGCUUCCCCAGAUCCCGUCCGCGCGGCCGGAUCGGAUUGAGCUGCCGGCGCCGCAGCCUCAGUAUCCGCAGAUGUACCCGAUGGGUCCUGGCGUUUCGCAGGAGUAUCAGUCCGCGACCUCGCCGUCUGCCGUGUCGCCUACGUCGAUGGUCCCUCCGAACCUGACGCCGACGUUCGAGCCCGCGGUGCCGUCGCAGGCGAGCACGCCGCAGUCGACGUCGUCCGCGACCGAGUCGGUGAAGAACUCGAACCAGAGCAGCGGCAUGUCGCCGUUUGCGUCGUUCGAGUCCAACACGCUGCAGUGGAUGACGGAGAUGGAGCCUGAUUUGGAUGAGAUCUUCAAGACGGCGGCGGAGAUCCAGGCGGUGCCGCCGAUGCAUGGGAACUUUACGCAUCCGGUUGCGUAUUCGGGAAACGUGAGCGGGAACACGCAGGGUGGGGGGUAUGCGUAUCAGUUUAGUCCUGGAGCGGCUGCGCAGCAGCAGUUUACGAAUCAGUAUUUCGGUGGUUCAGAUGUUGUGAAUUCUCCGGGAGACUCGACGAUGUCUGCGUCGUCUACGUCACCUUCGAUCUCGUCCGGCCAGCAAAGAUGGCAACGUCCAGCCUCGUUCUCGCAACAACAGCAACAGCAACAGCAACAAGGACAACCCGCGCCUCAACAGCACCUCCCCUCCGGCUCGUCAGGCCCGACCACGCCCAACUUCUACUCCGGUGUGCCGACGGUAGACGACGAGUACGACGGCCAGCGGAUCUACGAGAUGAUGUACGAGCUUCCGUCUGCCUCGAUCUGGGACCAAUUCUUCGCCGUCGGCAACGGCAACGCGAACUUCAACGUCGGAGGCGGGUUCGGCGGGAUGUUUGCCCCGCAGGUGUCGGCAGGGGGCAGCACGAGCAGCCAGGGCAGUCCUGUGACGAUGAGCUCGACGCCAGCGACUGGACCGCAGGCGCAGCAGCCUCCGUCGAGCCAGCAGGCGCAGCAGCAGUCUAACCCGACGCCGCCGCCGCCUCCGCCUUCUAUGAUGUCUCAUUUCUCACAAGCGCGAGCGGCGCAGCAGCAGCAGGCGCAGAGUCAGAGGUAUUAUUAGGGUGAGCGGCGGGUGACCACCGCCAUCUAUGAUGUCUCAUUUCUCACAAGCACGAGCGGCGCAGCAGCAGCAGGCGCAGAGUCAGAGGUAUUACUAGGUUGCAGCGGCGGGAUUGAUUUUACGGUACGGCGUUUUCGUUAUACAUUGGGAUAUUUCUUAUAUCUUUUUUUAUACAUUUUCAAGGGUUUAUUUGGUAAUCAUACAUCUUCUAUCUUCUUUUUAUUCUGGUUUUGGUUUUAUUUACCUCCUCCUCUUUUUUCAACUGGGUUUGGUUUCCGUCUGUAUUCUCAUGAUCAUUUCAUCUUCUUAUUUUCUCUUUCUUCUCUCUUUUUUUUUUUCUU